AUGUUGCUUACAAUCACGCUACUCGUGACAGUGGGAACGCUGGUUUACCUGUUCCUGGCAUGGAACGUGAAUUAUUGGACGAAACGGGGCGUACCAGGGCCAGCCCCACGUUUGCUGUUUGGUAACUUCCCCAGCUUCGUCCUGCGCAAUCGGCCGUUCGUCGAUGACUUCCAGGAUAUAUACAAUAAGUUUCGCUUCCAAGGCAAUUUCGUCGGCGUGUUCAAUAGCCGAACACCGGCCAUUUUGGUGCUGAAACCCGCGCUGCUGAAGGAUGUGUUGAUAAAGAAUUUUAAAAACUUUCAAGACAAUGAGUUUGCCGACUCGAUCAACAAGGAGAGCGAUCCCAUCUUUGGUCGCAACCCGUUCAUGCUGAAGGGCGAGGAGUGGAAGGAAAAACGGGCCGAAGUGACGCCAGCCUUCACCACCUUGCGGAUGAAGGCUCUCUUUCCUUUCGUUGAGGAUGUGACGCAGCGUAUGACGCAGUACGUGGUGAAGCAUGAGAUUGAGGGACCGAUCGAGUCGCGGGAACUGUGUGCCAAAUAUACGACCGACGUCGUGUCGAGCUGUAUAUUCGCGGCGGACGCACAAUCGUUCUCCAAUGAGAAGGCGGAGAUCCGCGAGAUGGGUCGCAAAUUGCUCGAGCCCAACUUCAGGAUCGUGAUAAUGUUCUUGUUGAUUGGGCUUGUGCCGGCACUCAAGAAGCUCUUCCCAAUCGCGUUCGUGCCAAAAUCGAUCGAACAGUUCUUCACCCGGCUAAUGGAUGACGCCGUGGCGUAUCGCGAAAAGAACGGCAUCAAGCGCGUCGACUACCUUGACCAUCUGAUCGGUUUGAGGGCGAGAAAACAAUUAAGCUCGCUGGACAUGGCCGCCCACGGGGUGACAUUCUUUAUUGAUGGAUUCGAAACGUCCAGCUUAGCGAUGAGCUUCACGCUAUACGAGCUGGCCCGCAAUCCGGACUGCCAGGAAACUCUGCGCACUGAACUGCUAGCGGCACGUAACGACAACGGUACAAUCGACUAUGACACGCUGCUGGAGCUGCCCUAUCUGGACCAGGUUUUGAACGAGGCACUUCGAGUGUGGCCACCGGCUGCCUUCCUUUCAAAGGUCUGCACCGUACCGACGGAACUCGAGCUUGAAGACGGCGGCCGAAAGGUGUUGAUCGAUCGAGGUGUGCCGGUAAUGCUUCCUGUCUGGCAGAUUCAUCGUGACGAGGAAUACUUUGAGGAUGCACUGCGCUUUAAUCCGGCACGGUUCGCGCCGGAGUUGGGCGGAACGAAAGCGUACCGCGAGAAGGGCUGCUUUGUACCGUUCGGCGACGGUCCACGCCAGUGCCUGGGCAUGCGAUUCGCUCUAAUGCAGGUCAAGCGGGGCAUCUUCGAGCUCGUGACCAAGUACAACAUUUCCGUCAACGCGAAAACGAAAGAACCGAUACAGCUGGAUCCAAAAACAUUCAUCAUUGCUCCACUGGGUGGCAUCUGGUUGGAUUAUAAACCGAUCGCGGCGUAGGUUUGAACGACGCACACCAACGGAAGCGCUUCGCAAGUUAAUAUUUUCGUGCUCUACGAUAAGAUAGCUAGCUGAUUGAUGGAGAUAAAGCAAGUGUUUCCGUCGUAACGUG